ACAGUGUGUCUUGGGAGUUGGGAGUACGGGUGCACUAGCCUUAGAAUAAAAAAGCACUCCAAAAACUGUACCGAUCCUUGUUCACUUAGGUGUGACGAUACCUCACCAUUUUUAACACCCAACCGUCAAACGACAAACCACAAAAGAUAUCACCCUUUAUCGUUGUGGUCCGGUGGAGGAGGAGAACGAUUGAAAAGCAAAUAGGGUUUUGUUUUGCGAUCCCAAAUUCGAUCGCAUUAGGUAGAAAUCAAUCAAAUGUAAUGGCUCAAAGCGGGAAAUUGAUGCCAAAUUUGGACCAGAAUAGUACAAAGCUGCUCAAUCUCACUGUUCUUCAGCGAAUCGAUCCAUCCGUUGAAGAAAUUCUCAUUACUGCGGCUCAUGUUACAUUUUAUGAGUUCAACAUCGAACUUAGCCAAUGGAGUCGCAAGGACGUUGAAGGUUCUCUUUUCGUAGUAAAAAGGAACAAACAGCCUCGGUUUCAAUUUAUCGUCAUGAAUAGACGAAACACAGAAAAUUUAGUUGAGAAUCUUUUGGGAGAUUUUGAGUAUGAAAUCCAGGUACCAUAUUUAUUAUAUCGCAAUGCCGCGCAAGAAGUAAAUGGUAUUUGGUUUUAUAAUGCUCGUGAGUGUGAAGAGGUGGCAAAUCUCUUUGGCAGGAUACUUAAUGCUUUUUCUAAGGUGCCAUCUAAGCCCAAUAUAUCUUCUUCUAAGAGUGAAUUUGAGGAGCUAGAGGCAGUCCCAACCAUGGCUGUUAUCGAUGGUCCUCUGGAGCCCACACAGUCCACUAGCUCAAACCUCAAUGAGGCUUCUGAUGAUCAUGUGUUUGUUAAUUUCUUCAGCUCAGCUAUGAAUAUUGGAAAUCCUUCUAUUCCAACAAUAACUGGAGAAUUCCAGAAGCAUUCUCCAGCAUCUACCCUUGCUAGUCGACCAGUCAAUAUGCCUCCAAUGGUUCCUUCACCACAAACAGCAUCAACGGCUAACUUAACAUCUGCUUCGUUGUUGUCUCUGCUUGAUACAUCAGAGUCUAAUAGCAAUUAUGUGACAAAUCUUGUUAAGCCAUCAUCUUUUAGCAGUAUGCCUCCUACAGCUUAUCCAUUUAUGGUGGCAGCUGUUCCUUCAUCUGUGCCCACUACUCCUCCAUUGCAUCCUCCUAAUCUUCAGCGUCCUUAUGGUACUCCAGUCCUCCAGCCAUUUCCUCCUCCAGUUCCUCCUCCAUCUCUAACUCCAACGACUGCUGCCACUCCUAAUAAUGGGUUAGCUGUAAGCAGGGACAAGGUUCGUGAAGCUCUUAUGUUACUUGCUCAGGAUAAUCAAUUCAUCGACUUGGUGUAUCAGAAGUUAUUGAGAGCACACCACUCUUGAAGAAGGCAUUUUCUCUCUAGUCCUGGUGUGUUUAUAACUAAGGUCGAGCGUCAACUACAGCAACUUUCCAUGAUUUAUGGGAAUAUGGAUGCAAUGCAUUACUAGUAUUAUACUUGAAUUUUAUUUUGAUAUCCCCAAUUGUUAUUACCAAGCUCGUUCAUGUAUGUAUAAGUAUAGUUGUGGGCUGAAAGAAAAAGUUAUGCUUUCUACAUCACUUUUUUUAGAAAUAGUACACAAUGUAUUUCUUUCUUUUUUACGCAAGACCACAAUGGUAUUAGAUAAAAUUGCGUAGAAUGAUUUUGGAAUAACGACGAUAAAUACGUUUAGUUUCGUAAUUGUAGUAAUCCACUGGAAAUUAAUUUCAUAGACUAGCAUGCAUUCCUUUUU